GAAGAAGAAGAAGAAGCCUGCAUGCUGACGCAAAAAAGCAAGCGAGAGUUGUAAAACAAGCUAGCUGAUGCUGGAUUGAGACAUUUCCCACCUUAAUGUCUUGUGUUGUGUGUCAGUAAGAGUCGGAACCCUCAGAGCUGUUGCUGCAAAUUAGAAAGGAUUUUAAUCUGUCCCCAGCGUGAAGAAAUGAGCUCUGUCAGAGAAGAAGGUAAAGACCGAAUCAUCUUUGUCUCCAAAGAGGAUCAUGCAACACCCAGCAGUGCUGAGCUGGUAGAGGAAGAUCCUGAUGACCCAUAUGAGGAGCGAGGUCUCAUUCUACCCAGUGGGGAGAUCAACUGGAACUGCCCAUGUCUGGGUGGGAUGGCCAGUGGACCCUGUGGGACUGAAUUUAAGGACGCCUUCUCCUGUUUCCACUACAGUAAAGAGGAGGUGAAGGGUUCUGAAUGCAUGGAGCAGUUCGUGGCCAUGCAGGAGUGUAUGCAGCGUUACCCGGAGCUCUACCCACAGGAAGAUGACAAGGUCCAAGAAAAACAAUCAUCAGAAACUGAUCAGACUUCACAAGACUCUGCAUCUGCAGGAACAUCAGGUGCAAACUCGACAUCUGCCACAGAGCGAGACUCUGAUGGCACACAACCCAACACAGAGGACUCACCGACAACAUGAGCCACAAGGCUGAAAUCACAUUUAGGCAUCACAUUAAUUACAUCAACAACAUGUGUUUGUUUUUUUACAUUUCACGUUCAGUCUUUUAUUAUUUAAAGAAGGAAUUCCUUUGGGGAGAUAUUAAAAAUGUUAAUUUUGCUGUCAAAAGCUUAGGGGCUGAGUUUCAUUUACAGAUUUUCAGAUUGCAGGCUGAACCAGAGACAUAGUUAACCAACCUGCAUCGUAACUUGCAAGUAAUUUGCAGAGAGAUGUAGUUGGCAUUGAAAAGUAAAGUAUACGCCAGCAUCUGAACUCAUGGAAGUGAUAUCUGUACGGAGUUAACAUGCUUUUAAAUUUGCUACAGCUGACUUAGCCUGUAAACUGACGGUAGCAGUGCACCUGUUGAAUGUUUGUUAAGCUGCUCUUUUUUAUCCUCUCCCACUUCAAACUUCCCUGUGAAGUUGAAGUGGGAGAGCCCCGAGCCCUCACGACUCCCUGAGUGUGGAGAUUGAGAGUGAGCCAUGUUCUCUAUGGAGAGAGAGAGAGAGCUAAACAUGUUCCAACAAUAACCAGGGAUGACACCAAGAACAGAAAAAUGUAAUAAUAUAUAUAAUAUAGAAAUUAAAUCUAUAAGAUCUCCCUUUUGGUUUGUGAUUUCUUUCUCAGAGGACAUGUUGUUUACAAGACAGACAAAAAGUACAAUAUUUAAUUUUAGUUGGACAUUAAACUUUGUAUUAAUGAAGAAGUUCAGCCUGUGCUUCUGUCAAACUGUAAUAAUACAAUCAGUGAAAAACCAGAAGUGGUUGAGUUUUUAAAUUCAAGUUGUUUAAUCCUGCCUUUGUGUUCAGGCAAAACAAGAUUAAAGAAUCUUAAAUUCUUCUCAAGAGACUCUGGGACCAUACUUAUUAUAUAUGAUACACCUCAGUGUGUAUUUUUUAUUUGUAUGUACACAUGCUGUGAUAACAAGGUCUGAAACUGUGUGAGAUUAUAGUAAAAAUCAAGUUUUACAUCUUUCAUUUCUGUUCUCUCAUUGCAUUUAACAUGUACAUUAUGUGAUAUACAAAGUUUAUAUUUGACUCAAAGUUUAUAUUAAUGAUUCUGCAGACUGAGUUGGUAAAGUUACAGAGGUAUAAAGAAUGAACUGAAGAAUACCUUCCACUUUGUACUGUUGUCAUCUGUCCUAUAGGACUGCAUUUCUUCUGCUAAUGUAUGACCAGACUUGAACCCUUUACCUCAGCUGAACUUGUGGUCAAUACAGGGCUAACUGAAGAGAUUAUUGUUGAAAGUUUUAUAAUAAAUAAAUAAAUGUUUAUAAU